AUGGCUAGCAACAGUUUAAAUGUUCCCUCCUUUCCUAGUACGAAUUCACAACAACGUAUCUCUACUGCUGAUACCACUGUUAGGGUUAAAGUCUCCCUCAAACCAGGUAGAUCGUUAAUGGAUUGGAUCAGAUUAGGACGAAGUGGUCAAGAUCUCACUGGUGUUGGGGGCCAAAUUUUAGAAGUUUCAGAAGAAGAACUUGCCAAACAUAAUACACAAGAAGAUGGCUGGUUGUCUUUAAGAGGUAAAGUCUAUAAUGUCACGCCAUAUAUGGAAUAUCAUCCUGGUGGUAUAGAUGAAUUAAAAAGAGGCCUAGGUAAAGAUGCCACACAACUUUUUGAUGAGAUACACAAGUGGGUGAAUGCUGAAUCUAUGUUAGAGAAGUGUUUGGUGGGCAAAUUAGUAACUACUAGUGUCAGCCAAAGAAAAGGUAACAAUACAUAUUCAUGGUUUAAACAGAUAUAUUCAUCUUAUUUAAUUUGCUUGAAUAGUCUCUUUAAGAUGAAGAAUAAUAAACUAAAACCACAGUUUGAUUGGUAUCAGACUAAUAAAACUAUAACGUUGGUUGUUUAUACUAAAUGGGGUGAUAUGUCAUCAGAAUAUGUUAUAAUUAGUAAGGAAGAUAAAGAGUUAACUGUUAAUGUAAAUAUUAAAGACCUCACAUUCAUUAUACAUACAGAAUUAGAAGAUGGAGUAUCUUGCGAUUAUUCAAUAAAAACUAGUAAAGAUGGAAAAGUAGAAAUAGUGUUACCGAAAAUACAACUCGACAAGCAAUGGUCGGGGCUGGGAAAAUCUUUAGAUAAACACUGCACUUACAAGAAAACAACAGAAUUAGCUGUACAAUAUCAUGAAUGUAAACUGGAAUCUGUUUGUAAUAUUACUCAUGAUGUCAAAUUAUUUUGUUUACGACUACCUGAAUCCACAUGGAUGUGUGUACCAAUAGGAUAUCACAUACAUGUACAUCAUAUCAUAUCAGGAAUGGAAAUAGUAAGAAGUUAUACGUGUGUUUCACCAAGUUUAACCAAUGUUGAUAAUACAGAGGGUAAAGGACGUCUGAUUUAUUUAAUGAUAAAGAUUUAUCCAGAUGGAGCAAUAACACCCUGGUUAAACAGUCUUAAUAUAGGUGAUACUGUUGACAUUAGUAACUAUGACGGUCAUUUUAACAGUCAACGUUUGGACAAUGACCACCAACUAGUAUUAUAUGCAGCUGGGACUGGCUUUACACCUAUGGUUAGAUUAAUACAUAGAAGUCUACAAGAAAACUCCAAAAUAAAGUCUGUUAAAUUGUUAUUUUUUAAUAAAAAACUAGAAGAUAUAGUGUGGAAAGAUCAACUAGAUCAAUUGGCAACUAACUCUAAAAACAGAUUUGAAGUCAAGUAUAUUUUAUCAGAGGCAGAUGACAGCUGGACUGGCUUAAAAGGUCGUAUCCGAAAGGAACUAGUUUCUGACCAUUUACCGAAAACUGUUGAUAGUAAUACUAAAUUAUUAGUAUGUGCUUGUGGUCCAAUACCUUUUACUAAAGAAGUAAUGAGGUAG